AUGGCCCUGCUACGGACUGUGCAGUAUCCUUUGCCUAAAAUAGAGGACAUCUUUGCAGCUCUCUCAGGGGGUGGCCGCUUCUCCAAAAUUGACCUAGCUCAAGCGUACUUGCAAAUGGAAAUUGAGGAGGCAUCUAAGAAAUAUUUAACCAUCAAUACUCACAAAGGUUUAUUACAAUAUAACCGUCUGGUGUUUGGACUUUCUUCUGCCCCAGCAUUAUGGCAGAGAGCAAUGGAUCAAGAAAUACCAGGUACGCAAUGUUACCUGGAUGAUAUAAUUGUAACAGGCAAAGAUGAUGUGGACCAUUUAAAUAAUUUUGAAAAAGUAUUAACCCGACUACAGGAAUAUGGACUCAGAGUAAAUAAAGAUAAAUGUGCAUUUUUCCAAGAAAGCAUUUCCUAUUGUGGACAUGUGAUUGAUAGAGAAGGCCUGCACAAAUCAAAUGAUAAAAUUGAGGCAGUACUACAAGCACCCCAGCCACAGUCUGUGUCACAACUGAGAUCUUAUCUGGGCCUAGUUAGAGAUGAGAUGAGCGCCUGA